AUGCUCUUCGGUCCUAUUCAGUAUUCUUCGCCGGCACACAUCUAUGUCGGCUCCGAUCGAACCUUCGCUUACGGUGUUCUGGACGCCGAAUACAGCUAUGACAUCUCCGACGAAGCCGCGCUUGAGCUUGGACGCCAUGGCCUUCUCGCUGCCAUGUACUACCGGUUGCCGUAUUCUCACUUCAGGGACACCAAGGAGGAUGGCUGGGUCGAGCACGGUUUCAACGACACCAUCCCCAUUCUUGGGAAGACGAAACUGGAGGAGGAUAAGCCGACUGAGGCCGCAGUGGACAUGCAGCAAGCCAGAUGA